AUGGCGGAUCUCGAGGCUGUGCUGGCCGACGUCAGCUACUUGAUGGCGAUGGAGAAGUCAAAGUGUACUCCAGCUGCUAGAGCAAGCAAAAAGAUUGUUCUACCAGACCCAAGUGUUCGUAGUGUUAUGCACAAAUACAUGGAGAAGAAGAAUGAAGUGAAUUUUGACAAAAUAUUCAAUCAAGUCUUAGGUUAUUUAUUAUUUAAGGAAUUCUGCGAACAAACGUCAGAAGAACCAGUGCCACAAUUAAAAUUUUAUGAAGAGAUUAAAUUAUACGAAAAGCAAGAGUGCGUCGAGGAAAGGCGGCGGAUCGCGAGGGACAUAUACGAUAAUUUUAUUAUGAAAGAACUCUUAGCCCAUUCCCAUGAUUACUCCAAAGAGUGUGUAGCGCAUGUCCAGAAAUAUCUAAUGAAACACGAAGUACCACCGAACUUGUUUGAGCCGUACAUUGAGGAGAUAUUUCAACACUUAAGAGGGGAGCCGUUCAAAAAUUUUCUAGAGAGCGACAAAUAUACGAGAUUCUGCCAAUGGAAGAAUUUAGAGCUAAACAUCCAGUUAACGAUGAACGAUUUUAGUGUUCAUCGUAUUAUCGGAAGAGGAGGCUUUGGCGAAGUGUAUGGAUGUCGGAAAGCGGAUACUGGGAAGAUGUACGCGAUGAAGUGCCUCGACAAGAAACGGAUCAAGAUGAAGCAGGGGGAAACGCUCGCGCUCAACGAGCGAAUUAUGCUCUCUCUAGUCAGUACUGGGGUGGAUUGCCCGUUCAUAGUAUGUAUGACGUACGCGUUCCACACACCCGACAAGCUCUGCUUCAUAUUGGAUCUUAUGAAUGGAGGAGAUCUUCAUUACCAUCUGUCGCAACACGGCGUAUUCAAUGAGGCGGAAAUGAAGUUUUACGCUGCUGAAGUUAUAUUAGGUCUAGAGCACAUGCACAAACGCCACAUCGUAUACAGAGACCUGAAGCCAGCAAACAUACUCCUGGACGAGCAUGGUCACGUAAGAAUAUCCGAUUUGGGUCUCGCCUGUGACUUCUCUAAGAAGAAGCCCCAUGCAAGUGUUGGUACACACGGCUACAUGGCCCCAGAAGUUCUCUCUAAGGGAACGGGUUAUGACUCCUCGGCUGACUGGUUCAGUUUCGGUUGCAUGCUUUAUAAAUUGCUGAAAGGCCAUUCGCCGUUCCGCCAGCACAAGACCAAGGACAAACACGAGAUAGACCGAAUGACGCUUACAAUGAACGUGGAGUUGCCUGAGUCGUUCAGUCCAAGCCUUCGGAGUCUGCUGGAAGGUCUCCUGCAAAGGGACAUCAACAAGCGUCUUGGCUGCAAGGGCAGAGGGGCGGAUGAAGUAAAGGAACAUGUCUUCUUCGCUGGUAUCGACUGGCAACAAGUGUACCACCAAAAGUAUACGCCGCCUUUGAUUCCACCUCGGGGCGAAGUCAACGCAGCUGAUGCAUUCGACAUUGGUAGUUUUGAUGAAGAAGACACCAAGGGGAUUAAGCUAACUGAAGCAGACCAAGCUCAGUAUAAAGACUUCCCGCUAGUGAUUUCGGAACGUUGGCAAAGCGAAGUAGCUGAGACGGUCUUUGAAACUGUUAACCAAGAGGCUGAUAAGAUGGAGAUGAAAAAGAAAUCAAAGCAAAAACAAAAGUUUGAUGCUGACGAGAAAGAGUCGGACUGCAUACUGCAUGGCUACAUCAAAAAGUUGGGCGGGCCGUUUGCAAGCGCUUGGCAAACCCGAUAUGCAAAACUGUACCCUAACAGACUGGAACUGCACUUGGAGAACAGCGCCAAGCCCGAGAUGAUACUUCUCGAUAUUGUUGAGGAAGUCUCCUCAGAUUUGGUGUCUGUAAAGGGUGAACAGUGCAUUGUGCUUAGAACUAGGAAUGAUACGAAGAUCGUCCUCACAAAUACGGACGAAAUAGGUCUCAAAGAAUGGGCGACAUCGCUGCGUUCAGCACACAAGUGUUCUCAAGAACUCUUGGCCUCAAUGGCGAAGAAGGCUGGCAAGAUAUACGGCACAGAUGGCGCUAAGGAGUUGGCUCUGGGCCGCCCUCCCCCAGCCGCCUCACCGGCGUUAACGAGAGCUCCCAAUGGGAACAACUAG